UUUGUGCCAUAUGCGCCUCGCUCCCCGCCUGACGGCUGGGGCAAUUCGUCGAACAGCAUGGACGUGCCUCCGCCCGCGCCGCCGGACGCCGCGGCGGCGCCGCCCUCCUCGACCACCUCAGUUUCUGCUCCCUCUCCGGCGCCACCACCUAACCCCCCGACUUCCGACGCCACCGCCGCACCAUCCACCUCCGACUCCACCACUACUACCGCUACCCCGAACCAAGGUACCACCACAAACCCAGCGCAAACCCUAGAGGCCCCAGCUCCCAGCCCCGCGGCCGCGCGGCCGCCGGCGCCGCGCAUGAGGCCGCCUUACACCCACCUUGCCUCACCCAUCACGAUGUCCUCGUCCUCCUCUGCUGCCACGGCCGCGGCCUCCUCCUCAUCGGCUUCCGUUCCCGCCUCUUCCUCAGCGGCUUCCGCUAUGCCAAGGGGAGGGAUUGUUAUUGGGGUGCCAGCGCCUCGCCCCGCUCAGACGCCCGUUGGUUACACCGGGUUCGUUCCGCCGCCUCCGCUUGCACACCAGUUCGGAUCGAUGCAUCGCGGCCCCGACCAGCCCCCGCCGUCAUCUGCACAGUUUAGGCAGCCUUCCCCUGGGAUUCAGAAUAUUGGGAUGGUUGGUUCCCUUAACACAUCCCAGAUGAGACCAGGAGCGAUAUCUGGUCCGCAGCAGCCAAGACCAGGUCUUCCAUCAUCAACAACACCAAUUCCAUCUGGUAGCCAAAUGCCAGGUUUGCAAAGAACCCCCGCCCACACUUUAACAAGGCCAAUGUCUGUGAGUUCUCCUUCUCCUUCGCCAGCAUUACAGCAAACUCUGCAAAAUGCAUCUUCAACAUUUAGGCCCCAACAGAGGCCACAACUUCCACAACCAAGACCACAACAAUCUGCACCUGUGACUGCAAAUGAACAUAAUGUAAUUUCUGCACAGCAGCAGCAGCAAAUACCACAGCAUCAACUUUUGCAGCAGCAGCAGCAGCAGAAGAAGCAACAGCAGCAAAGUCAGCAACAAAGUUCCUCACAUCAAAAUCAACAAAAUACGACACUAAAAAAUCAGCUACCGCUUUCUCAGCAGCAAGCUGCUCGUACUCCAGUGUCAAUGGCACAGAAGCCUGAUUCUCUGGCUACACCAAAUGCUACUGUUAUCAGAUCUGUGGAUACAACUACAACUGAUGCAGAUGUUAGUGAAACUGGUAAUCGGCUACUCACCAAGAGAAGCAUACAAGAAUUAGUUGCACAGAUUGAUCCUAACGAAAGGCUGGAUCCUGAAGUUGAAGAUGUUCUUAUUGACAUCGCAGAAGAUUUUGUUGAAUCUGUCGCAACGUUUUCUUGUUCUUUAGCAAAGCAUAGAAAGUCAAACACCUUAGAAGCAAAAGAUGUACUCCUCCAUGCAGAGAAAAGCUGGAAUAUCACCUUGCCAGGCUUCAGUGGGGAUGAAAUCAAACUAUACAAGAAACCGCAUGUCAAUGAUAUUCACAGGGAGAGGCUUGCUCUGAUCAAGAAGUCAAUGGCGAGUGACACAAAAAACUCUGCUGCCCAAGCUGCAGCUAACCAGAAAAAUCAGACUCCGAAACGACCUGGGCCAGGUUCUCCGUGAAAGAAGUCCACAAGCCCUGCAAACCUAUAUAUCAUGUGUCACCAUCUUUGGUGUUUGGACACUGCCAUUGGUUUGUUGUAUUGUAGAACCGGUGGUGGCACACAUUGUAUUGCAAUCAUUACAUGUACAAAUGCUUUUCUCAGAACUGGUACUGUUAGAAUGCUAAUACAAGCAUUAUCGUUCCAUA